AUGUUCCGUCAACUUGCUAUCGUCGCCGUCUUGGCCGCCGUUGCUUUCUGCUACCCCAUCGAAAGCUACAACGACAUUCCAGAGGAAUUCAAAUCUCUCAUCCCAGAGGAAGUUUCCACCCACCUCAAGAGCAUCACCCCAGAAGAGAGAGAUAUCCUUAAGGAGCUUGCCAAGAGACACGGAGAAUUCAAGAACGAAAACGAAUUCCUUGCUGCCCUUAAGGAAAAGUCCCCUGAACUCCACGCUAAGGCCGAGAAGCUCCAAGCCAUCGUUGCCGAGAAGGUUCAGAAGCUCGGAGCUGAAGGACAAGAAUUCGUCAACAAGGUCAUCGCCACUGCCCGCAAGUACCACACCGAAUACCUCGCCGGAAAGAAGCCAACCAUCGCUGAUCUCAAGAAGGUCGCCAAGGAGAGAAUCGAAGAAUUCAACAAGCUUUCUGAUGCCUCCAAGGAAGAAUUCAAGACCCACUUCCCAAUCCUCACCGGUUUCUUCACCAACCCCAAGGUUAAGGCUCUUGCUGAGAAGUACAUGAACGCCGAGAACUGA